AUGGCUACAGAAAUAGCGACUAAGCGGCUCAAGGCCAAUGCUCCCUUGAUUGGUACGCAUAAUGGUCACUUUCACGCAGAUGAAGCCCUGGCAGUGUACAUGCUGCGGCUUCUCCCAGAGUACGCCUCGGCUGCCCUUGUCCGUACUCGAGAUCCGACCGUGCUGGAGACCUGCCACACUGUUGUUGAUGUCGGUGGUGAAUACGACGCUUUGAAGAACCGGUAUGACCACCAUCAGCGAAGUUUUGACACCGCCUUUCCCGACCAUAAGACACGACUUUCCUCCGCCGGCCUAGUCUACAUGCAUUUUGGUAAAGCCAUCAUUGCUCAGCAUACCAAACUCCCCAUUGACCAUCCUGAUGUCGAACUGCUCUUCCGCAAAUUGUACGAUGAUUUCAUUGAGGCCGUCGACGCCAAUGACAAUGGAAUCUCCAAAUACGAUGGAUCGAAAUUGCAAGAGGCGGGUAUCGAGCAAAAGUUCAAAGACACUGGUGUCACGCUUGCCAGCCUGGUGAAUGAUUUGAACCAUGAAGAUCCUCUCACUCUAGGAGCCCCCUCGAGAGCGACUGCAGAACAACCGCAGGCCGAGGAGGACUACCGGUUUUCUCAGGCAUCUACGUUGAUGGGUACCGCCUUCUUACGCAAGCUGCACGGCGCUGCCACCGCCUGGCUUCCUGCGCGCGCCGUUGUUAAGGAAGCAUUCGACCUUCGAACCGACGCUCAUCGGUCCGGUCAGCUCAUGGUACUGCCUCGUGCUGGGAUCCCAUGGAAAGAACACCUGUACAACAUUGAGGACGAGAGCAAGAUUCCGGCAGAUAAGCAGAUCCUCUUUGUGAUCUAUCCGGAGAAAGAAGAGCCCGGCUCAAAAUGGAGGAUUCAGGCGGUCAGCAAGGACUUUUCGAGCUUCGAGAAUAGGAAGAGCCUACCAGAACCAUGGCGCGGUGUAAGAGACGAAGAACUGGAUGCUCUGCUGGGUGACGCAGUCGAGAAUGGAGCUGUCUUUGUCCAUGCUAGCGGCUUCAUCGGCGGCCACAAGACUGAAGCUGGUGUCCGGGCGAUGGCUGCUCUGGCUCUGGAAGCGUGA